ACCAACCGACGGAGCAACGAACGAACGAAAGAGCAUGUAUUAUCGCCAAUCUUUGACUCGGGCUAUAGUUAACGUUGCCUAUCGGCAAAUUCAUCGCCAAUCCUCGCAGAAUCCCCCUGACCUGUUUUGUUGGGUUCCGAUACAUAUAUAAACGGACCUAUGAACGGCAAAAACUGUCUGUCCAGAACAAAGAUGCGCCAGCAACAAACAGCGAAUAUGUCUCCUUCUUUUGACUCUUCUCGACCCAUUGUCAUCAUUGGAGCAGGCAUCAUAGGACUCACUACUGUGGUUUGUCUCCUCGAAUCUCAGUUCUACAAACAGCACCGUCCUCCAAUCCAUAUCAUCGCAGACCAUCUGCCCAACGAUCCGUUUGACGCCAAGUAUGCGUCCACUAUCGCGGGUGCUCACCACUUGAGCUUCGCAGAUGAUGGAGAUGGACGGCAGAGGAAGUGGGAUAUGAGGACUUUCCAAGUCAUGUAUGAACAAUGGAGGCAAUCUGGAGAAGAUUCGGGGCUGAUGGCUUUAAAACAAACCGAACUGUUUGUGGGACAGAAUGAUCACUUAAAGAUAUACGAAGAACAUCCUAAUUUUAUGACUCUUCCGGCCUCUGAGCUUCCACCCGCUGUUGAUCACGCCGUCUCGUUUACUUCUCUCACCAUUACACCGUCUGUGUAUCUCAACCGUCUCUUGAAGCAGAUUUCCGUGCUCUCCAACGGCCAGGCGAAAAUCCAUCGCUUUCACCUUCCUUCCCUCAGCUUCCUAUCCCAUCCCUCUAUCAGAGCUUUAAUAGGACAGGAACGGCCUGCGGCCGUCAUGGUCUGUGUAGGAUUAGGCGCACUUGUAUUAGGCGACGUAAAUGAUUCAUCAAUGUAUCCUACCAGGGGCCAAGUAGUCAAAGUACGCGCCCCUUGGGUCCGUUCUGGUUACACGAGACAAAUCGGGAGUCUCAAUGGCGGAGAAGGUGGGGAAAGGACGUAUGUCAUCCCUCGAGCUAACGGGGAAAUUAUUCUUGGAGGUACAAGAGAGGAGGGAGACUGGUAUCCAUACCCAAGGGAGGCGACUACGAGAGACAUCCUCAGACGGGCAAUAGAAAUAUGUCCCAAUCUUUGCCCCGCUAAUCUUGUGGCCCAGCCUUUGUCAGGUACCGAUCGCCGUCCAUCAAUCUUAGCCUCCGACGAACAAUCACCCUCCUAUGAAAAUCCUCUUGAUUCACUCGUUAUCGACAGUCUGGUCGGGUUUCGUCCCUCGAGGAAGGGGGGUAUUAGAUUGGAAAGGGGACCUGACCUGGAUGAGAAUACAGCAGUCAUAUAUAAUUAUGGACACGGAGGAGCAGGUUGGCAGAGUUCUUGGGGAACAGCCGAAGAAGCCGUGGCUCUGCUCUGCAAGGCGACUGGGAACUGAGGGAAUGGAGGCAAGAUCAAACUCAAAUGAUUCUCAUUCAGUAAUACCCGAUGUUACGUAUAGGUUAUGGAGAUAUAUUCAAUAUAAAAAUCAUGUAAAGAUAAUGCGAAACGAUUUAAAGCUCAUCUAAUAUGCCACAAGAAGUCCGUUGAUUCAAACCAAAGUUGUUAUAAAGGCCGCUCCG